UAACCGCAACAUUCGCUCUGGUGUCAGCCAAGAGCGCAGUGGAAGUCUCUUCGGACAACUUUUAUAUAGCUCCUCGGUGAAUAAACGACGUCUCCGCGAAGAUGUCCAUGGUCCGACGUUCUAGUAUGGACAGGAUGUCCUCCAGCAUGACAUCCAGCAUGACUGGAAUGGGACUUGGCGGGAUAACGGGCCUCACCUCAGGGAUGAGUACAUUGAGCUGCAUGAGGGAGCAGCAAAUGACGAUUGGCGGGAUGCCGUCCAACUAUGUGCCGGGAUUAUCGGCCUAUUACAACAUCUCAAGCUUCUGUCAGCGCCCUGGGCAGACCCGGCGUUGGCCCAUGCAGCGGGCUGGACCGACGGCGCAGCAUCGUCCCGGCCGCUCCCACAGCACCGGCUCCCUGCAUCGCAUGAAACAUUCGAUGAGGAACAGCCCCAACACGCAAUACACCCAUAACCUUAUUUGCAAGAUGGCUGAUCAGAACGAACGCCGUCGUCGCCAAGACACUUUGGACGUCAUUCCUCAAAGUUAUUACUCGCAGCAACCCUUGAAAGUAGAGCUGACUGAGUUCUAUUCAAGGGAUAAUUCGAAAGAUCAUCAUACCGAUCAGUAUGAUCUGGUCAAUGAUAAUAUUUUGCCGAACCCGGUAUACCGAAGAGGACAAAAUUUCUUCUUCGCGGUUCGUUUUGACAGAACCUAUGACAAGCAGCAGGAUAUGAUCCGUAUCGUUUUUUGCUUUGGUCCAAAACCGAGUGUUACCAAGGGAACGCGGGUUGUUCUACCUGUAAACUGGAGCUCUCAGCAAGGUGUAUUCCAACACUCACGUGACAUGAUGGGAAUGGGCAUGGGUAUGGGUAUGGGUAUGGGUAUGGGCUUGGGAAUGUCCCGAAUGCAAGAUAGCAGCAGCAACAUGGCUACUGCUGGAUCUAUAGGCCCUAUAGGGCCGAUGAACACUAUGGGUAAUAUGAGCUCUAUAGGACCUAUGGGCCCUACGAGUGGAAUGAGGGAAACUACGACUUACGGUGUUCGACGCAGUUCGUUCAGUAAUGAACCUUUGCCGCUCCAACAUAGUCCUCUGAGCCCGCACGGGCCAAUGGACCGACCUAUGAUCGAUCGCUAUGGAGGAGCGACACAGCACUCGUCCUCAUUCGGCCGUAGUUAUGGCUCACGUCACGGUUCGCGUCAUGGGUCUCGUCACGGUUCUAUGCAGAACCUAGCUUCUCUCGCCCAUGAAAUGGACAGGUGGGAUAUUAGCAUUCAACGUCAAGACGGAAACACCAUAACGUUUCAAGUGCAUGUACCCGCCACCGCGCCUGUGGGUGUAUGGAACUGUUGGGUUCAGACCAAUCGCUUCGGCCAGCGCGACAACCGCCACGAUUAUAAGUGCGAUGAAGAUAUUUACAUGCUCUUUAAUCCCUGGUGCAGGGAGGAUAGUGUUUACAUGGAUAAUGAAUCUUCUAGAAAGGAGUACGUGCUCAAUGAACAAGGAAAGAUUUGGUGCGGUACCUGGCGCCAGCCUAAGGGCCGCAAAUGGAUUUACGGCCAGUUUGAUGACUGCGUAUUGCCGGCUUGUAUGUACUUGCUGGAACGUAGUGGUCUUGAGCACUCAGAACGUGGAAACCCUGUCCGAGUGUGUCGAGCUAUUUCCGCAAUGAUAAAUUCGAAUCAUGAUGACGAUGGACUGAUGGUGGGUCGCUACGACGGUGAAUAUAAAGAUGGCGUUGCUCCUCAUGCAUGGACCGGUUCCGUGGCUAUUCUCGAGCGCUACCUCACCGACGGUGGCCGACCUGUUGAAUACGGCCAGUGCUGGGUGUUCUCAGGUCUUGUCGUUACAAUCUGCCGAGCUCUAGGUAUUCCUUGCCGAUCGGUUACGAACUACGUGUCGGCUCACGACACUAAUCGAACAUUCACCGUCGACAAGUACUUUGAUCACGAAGGAAACGAGGUGCCCAACGGGCCCGAUGAGGACUGCUAUGAUUCCUGCUGGAACUUCCACGUCUGGAACGAUGUUUGGAUGCAAAGACCCGACUUGCCGCAAGGUUACAGUGGUUGGCAGAUUAUCGAUUCUACACCUCAGGAGGAAGCCGAAUCAGUCUACCAAUGUGGUCCAGCCAGUGUCGAGGCCGUCCGCCGCGGAGAGGUCGGCUUCCAGUACGACACGCCGUGCAUGUACAACCAGAUCAACGCCGAACUGUGCCACUUCCAGGAGGAAGAGAAUUCUGAGUGGGGAUUCAUUAGGAUGGCGUCGAAUAAUUAUCAAGUUGGCCGCAAGAUCCUCACCAAGAAUCCAAACCGCGACGAUGACGAGGGCGAGAGCGACAUGCUGGAGAUCACGCACGAGUACAAGACGAUGGACAGCUCGUCGCCCGAGCGGCUCGCGGUCAUCGCCUCCUGCCGCGGCUACCAGCGGCUGCAGCAGUAUUACGAGUACCCCGACCGCAAUUACGAGGACGUGUACUUCGACCUUAUGGACAUUGAUAUCGUGCCGUAUGGUCAGCCGUUUGAUUGUACCAUGAAUAUUCAGAAUAAAUCGCACGAAGACCGUACCAUAUGGUGCGUGCUGACGGCUUCCUCGUGCUACUACACGGGCGCGAUCGCGUCGCGCCUCCGGCGGGCGCAGGGCGAGUUCGUCGUGCGCGCCGGCCAGCGCGAGGUCCUGAAGCUGCACGUCACACCGCAGGAGUACAUGGACAAGCUGGUAGACCACUCGAUGGUCAAGGUCCACGCUAUGGCCUACGUCAAGCAGACGCGCCAGGCGUGGUCCGACGAAGAUGACUUCCCGCUUCAUAAGCCGAGAAUGCAAGUGCAGGUGAGGAGCCAGCCAUGCAUAGGCCAGGAAUGCGCCGUGACAUUUAGCUUCCAGAACCCACUGAAUGUGCACUUGACCGACUGCUACUUCACCUUCGAAGGGCCUGGAGUGCAGCGACCGAGACAGAUCCGCUUCCGUGACGUGAAGCCCGGAGAGUUCGUGAAUUACCAGGACAAGUUCGUGCCGCGGCGACACGGUGAGCGGCGCAUCGUGGUGACGUUCUCGUCGCGGCAGAUGGACGAGAUCUUCGGCUGCACCACCGUCAAUGUGCGAGGCUAGCACGGCCCCGGGCCCCACGCGGCCUCCCCGCGCCGCUCCCCGGGGCCGUCUUCGCCUCUAGCGUCACAAAUGGAACGCUCCUACGUCUAUGUGACGCCCGAACAACAGGUCAUUGUUCAAGAGGAACAAGUCGUUGUUUUAAAGACUCUUUAAACGUUUUUUAAGUGUUUUCUCUGAACGUAUUUAAUUUAUAAGAAUAUUUUAUGGGGCUGACGACCCAUCGACUGCCUCUUCGAUGACUUUUACAACGACUAUGGACUCGCCAACGGAUAUAUUAUUUAUGGGUUAUUUUUCACGCGCACAGUUUAAA